AUGGCCUCCGAGCUCCCCACCACCAACGGCCACGGCCCGCAAGACGGCGAGGCGAACAACUUCCAGGUCAAGGCUGGCCUGGCUCGCAUGCUCAAGGGCGGCGUCAUCAUGGACGUUGUCAAUGCCGAGCAGGCGCGCAUCGCAGAGGAGGCCGGUGCCGCCGCCGUCAUGGCUCUGGAGAGAGUGCCUGCCGAUAUCCGCGCCCAGGGUGGCGUUGCCCGCAUGUCCGACCCCAAGAUGAUCAAGGAGAUUAUGGAGGCCGUGACGAUUCCCGUCAUGGCAAAGGCACGGAUUGGCCACUUUGUUGAGUGCCAGAUCCUCGAGGCGAUUGGUGUCGACUACAUCGACGAGUCCGAGGUCCUCACCCCCGCCGACCACGUCCACCACGUCAUCAAGAACAACUACAAGGUGCCGUUCGUGUGCGGCUGCCGCAACCUGGGCGAGGCGCUGCGUCGCAUCAGCGAGGGCGCCGCCAUGAUCCGGACGAAGGGCGAGGCCGGCACCGGCGACGUUGUCGAGGCGGUCCGCCACAUGCGCACCGUGAACGGGGAGAUUGGACGCGCCGCCUCGAUGAGCGAGGAGGAGCUGCGCGUGUACGCCAAGGAGAUCGGUGCUCCCUUCGAGCUGCUACAGGAGACUGCCCGCCUGAAGAGGCUGCCCGUCGUCAACUUCGCGGCCGGCGGUGUCGCUACCCCCGCGGAUGCUGCGCUUAUGAUGCAGCUGGGCUGUGAUGGCGUCUUUGUCGGCUCUGGCAUCUUCAAGUCGGGCGAUGCUAAGAAGAGGGCGAAGGCCAUCGUCCAGGCCGUCACCCACUUCCGUGACCCCAAGGUCCUGGCUGAGGUCAGCAUGGAUCUUGGUGAGGCCAUGGUCGGCCUGAACGUGGAGAAGAUGCCCGAGAGCCAGAGGCUGGCCCACCGCGGCUGGUAA